AACUUCAAUUCUCGAAGACCCAACAAGAAUACAAACUCUAAAAAGUUGCCUCAACUAUGGUAUUUGUAGAAGCUGUAUAGUACCCCUUAACCCCUGUAGAGAGUUAGAGAGAGAAACACCAAAAGUGAGUGAGUGAGUGAGAGAGAGAAACAGAGAGAGUGAAGAAAGGAACAAUCUUUGAGAGGUUUUGGAUCUUGAUCUUGAGUUUUCUGAUCUGGGUUCUUGUGGUUUGGGGGUUUUGAGAGAGUUUCUUGAUUUUGGCAAACCGGGAAUGGAAAACCGGAAUGGUGAACCGGGUUUACAGCAACUAUCAAGUCUGUUUAUCCAGCAACUUCGAGGUCGUUCUUCAGUAGUCUCUGUUCGUGAUGAUGUGAAUUCGUUGGUCGUCAUUAUCAUCUAAAUGAGAUUUUGUUUUUUAUAAAGUUUAAGGAAUCCGAUGAUUGUUUUAUGGUAGAUUGAUUUGACAAAAGUUUUUAGAUUAGUUCGAUAAUUCUUUCAUUCUUUAUUGAAUAUAUAGAUUCGUUGGUUCUUUUGGGGCAGGGGAUUCAAAUUCAUUUCAUUCUUCAAUUUUUUGCAUAUUAAGUCACACAAAAAAAAAAAAAAUCAUUCUUUUUUAUUUCUUCAUAUAGGAUUCACUUUGAUUUCAUUCAAAACCAAAAAAAGAUUAAUCUUUGUUCAUCGGAUUCCAUUUUUUUAGUUGUUUGAGCAAACACACACACACUUUUAGACCAUCUCUUAAAUUGGGUUGGGUAGAUUUUGUAGAGGAUGUUGGCAGGUUGUUCAAGUUCAUCAUUGUUGUCGCCGACUCGAAGAUUGAGGAGUGAAGCAGUAGCAGCAACAUCAGCAACAGUAUCAGCACAUUUUCCCAUGAACACACAGAGAUUGGACUUACCAUGCAGUAGUAGCUUCUCUCGCAAGGAAACUCCUUCCAACAGACCACUUGGAAGAAGCAUCUCACUUGACAACAGCAACAAACCGGUUGAGCGCAAGACGAGUGGUUGUUCGCUUAAGCAGAACAUAAAGCUUCCACCUUUGGCAACAACAAGAGGAAAUGGAGAAGGGUUUUCUUGGAACAACGACAACAACAACAACAGAGGGAAGAGUUUGAAGAGAUUGGCGGAGGAGGAUGAGUCUUGUUUGAGCAGAGCGAAGAGGACUAAAUGCGAAAACGAAGGUGAUGAUGAGGAAAAGGUUUGCUUUGUGCCUAGUGAAGUCAUUUCUCAGCCUUUACCAAAUUGGGUUGAUUCGGUGAUCACGGAGUUGGCUGGUAUAGGCGAUAAGGACGUUGAGAGUAGCCUUCCUGCUGCAGUUAAGGAAACAUCUGGAUCAUCGACAAGCGCAUCAUCAGAGAGUCGUAGCUUAAGUCAUAGAGUACCAGAACCUACAAAUGGUUCAAGGAAUCCUUACACACACCGCGGCGCAACAGAGGAAAGGACCAGCGGAAACAUCAUCAACAACAACAACAAUCACAGGAACGAUUUGCAGAGGGAUUUCGAGCUUGUCAAUUUGCUUACGGGAUGUUUAGAAGCGAUCAGAUCAAGAAACAUCGCGGCGAUUAACCAUUUCAUUGCAAGAACCGGUGAUCUUGCUUCUCCUAGAGGAAGAACACCAAUGACUCGCCUCAUAGCUUAUUACAUUGAAGCUUUGGCACUAAGAGUUGCGCGUAUGUGGCCUCACAUCUUCCACAUAGCACCACCUCGUGAAUUCGACAGAACUGUUGAGGACGAAUCAGGAAACGCAUUGAGGUUUUUGAAUCAAGUAACCCCAAUUCCAAAGUUCAUCCAUUUCACAGCCAAUGAGAUGUUACUCAGAGCAUUUGAAGGGAAAGAGAGGGUUCACAUUAUCGACUUCGACAUCAAGCAAGGUUUACAAUGGCCAAGCUUCUUCCAAAGCUUAGCUUCCAGAUCAAAUCCACCACACCAUGUACGCAUCACUGGAAUCGGAGAAUCAAAACUUGAGCUAAACGAAACCGGAGAUCGCCUCCACGGAUUUGCAGAGGCGAUGAAUCUUCAAUUCGAGUUUCAUCCUGUAGUUGAUAGACUUGAAGACGUUAGACUAUGGAUGCUUCACGUCAAGGAAGGUGAAUCAGUAGCUGUGAACUGUGUUAUGCAGAUGCACAAGACACUCUAUGAUGGCACUGGAGCAGCAAUUAGGGAUUUUUUGGGUUUAAUCAGAAGCACAAACCCAAUAGCUCUCGUUCUUGCGGAACAAGAAGCAGAGCACAACUCAGAGCAACUCGAGACACGAGUUUGUAACUCGUUAAGGUACUAUUCAGCGAUGUUUGAUGCGAUUCACACGAAUCUUGCUACAGAUAGCUUAAUCAGAGUCAAAAUUGAGGAGAUGUUGUUUGGGAGAGAGAUCAGGAACAUUGUUGCGUGUGAAGGAAAUCAUAGGCAAGAGAGGCAUGUGGGGUUUCGUCAUUGGAAGAGGAUGUUGGAGCAGCUAGGGUUUCGGAGUCUUGGAGUCUCGGAGAGAGAGGUUAUGCAGAGCAAGAUGUUGCUUAGGAUGUACGGAAGUGAUAAUGAAGGGUUUUUCAAUGUGGAGAGGAGCGGUGAAGACGGUGGAGGAGAAGGCGGACGCGGCGGUGGAGUUACUUUACGGUGGUCGGAGCAGCCACUUUACACGAUCUCGGCUUGGACUAUCGGCGGAAUCGGAGGGAAUUAGGGUUUUAAGAAAAAUAAGUUUUAAAAUAUACAUUUACGGGGGAAAUGGUUUUUUUUUUUUAUAAAGAAAAUAGGGAAAAAAUUGAUUUAUAUUCUUUCAUUCAUUAUUUGGGCGGGUAGGUAUUUUUUAUAAAAAAAAUUGUAAGGAUUAGAAGAAAUAUUUUGUAAUAGCUUGGAGUCUUUUACAUGUAACUUGGAGCUUUUAAAUGUUUUUUUUAUCAAUGAGAAAAGUGAAGUAUUUUUUUA